AUGGAUUUUACAACUAAUUUUGAUUGGGAGGUAAAUCUUACUGAUGCCUCAAAUCGAUGGUCAGCUGCCGCGAAAUUCGAGCAAAAAUGGAUUGUUGAAGCGGAAGAGUCGCUGCUUGGCGAGCUUUUCGACCUUAUCCACCCAACCUAUUGGCAGUACGUCCAUCGAGAAUGCCUGGAAUUGGACGGGAUGUAUCAAAAGUACAACGAUCAAAAGCUCGGCCUAAUCUUCUUAGCAAUUGCUGUAGUAUUCGAAUUUCUCUAUCUCCCGGUCGUGUUCGUUAUGCUAAAACCAGAAUUUAUUCAACAUUCUUGCUACAAAAUUAUGUUGGCCAUGGGUGUUAUCGAUUUGGUGACAUUAAUAGUUAAUGGCGUAAUACCAGCAUUGUGGUAUGGCUAUUCUGCCCUUUCGGUUCUACUCGGUCUCAAUCGGGUGCUCCAAUUUUCCACUCCAAAGCUCGCGGAGCAACUCUUCGACAAACACCGAGUCUAUUUCUGGCUCGGCAUUCCCAUUUUCUACAUGGUUAUGACACUACUGAAAACGCACCCGUGUCAAUUCAACCCAAUCCUAGCCGCUUACUUUUUCGAUAUCAACAUUUUUAAGCCGAUGGAGGCAAACACCCUUCAUAUCACAAAUAACGUCGGGCUGACGGGGUGUGUAUUGGUGUUGAACGGCAGCCUAUGCUAUAUUCCCUACCGUUUUUCUAGCAAACGCUCGAUGAGUAUGACAAAUCAGCAGAAAGUUAUCAUCAUCCAAUGUGUGUUGAUCUGCGCCAUCACCGGCACGAUGUCGGGCAUGUACUGCUUUAUGCAGCUGGUAUCUAUGCCCCCGAUUUUCGGCUCGAUCUCGACAAUUAUGUGGCAGUUGACUAAUGGAACUCCCGCUCUCGUUUAUCUCAUCGUUAAUAAAUCCAUUCGGAACGCCGUUUUAAAGGGAUUUGGAAUGAUAGACGAUCAACACGCUCGGAUUUACUGCUGCGGCGCAGCCAGGGUGCAUACUACUGAGGCACCCGGAACGAGCAGCAGCGCUGGCAAAUACAUCCAGGCCGACAAUAAUUCGAAA